GGGGAAAAUGACAACAAGCCGCUACAAGCGGCGAAACCAGGCUGGUCGAUCUCGGCGCGCCAUUCCCAGCCUGCACGUCGUUACAGCGGUACUCUCGUCUCCUCGGGGUCACGUCCAUGUAUGCCAGCCCGUUUCUCCUCGCUCUACCAACUCUUUCGGGCCUCCCAUCGACCACGAUGCAACACAACUUUAGCAACGCUCUAGGCAAGGUUUCUCCCAGAGACCCCCUGUCGUUGAACUUGCGGCCGCUAAGGAAAAAAGGGUAUUUUACUUGCUUAGCUAUUCCUCCGGGACUGAUGUAUCUUGUAUAUGUCGCCUUACCCUUAACAAAAAAAGCAAGAUUGAAGUCACUCAGACCCAAGGACAGCAAGAAGUUCAAACCCGACCUGUAGCAUCAUCAUUGCGCCCUGAAACUACUGCCACCGGUGAAAUGUCCAUGACACCCAUAGUGUAACUGCAGCUGACUCAGACCCCAUCACUGUGACAACACCUGCCGUCGCCAAAUCCACUCGUUGGUAUCGUGUUAUUUGCCUGCUGCACGUCUGUUGACCGUGCGAGUGGCCACCGCUAAUCAAAAGGCAGCUGCUUAUAAUUCCAGACACCAUCCUUGCAUUGUUCUUUCAUGUCUUCUAC